UUUAUAUUUUGAAUUUUCAUUUGCUUCGUGUUGUUUAUUUAAAUCAACAUUGACCAUUUUAUUCGUCCUAAAUAACUUUUGAAAUAUAUAACAUCCAGAUUUCGUUUGAUGGGUUCAAUAUCUGCUAUAUAAUUGUAUACAGAAAAUGUCUCAAGAUUCCGGAUGCAUCAGUACUUUCUUCGAUAGUGAUUUGAACACCACAGGCAGCCCAGACAGACUAUCACUGUCAUCGUUCGCAGAAACUUCUCAAGACAUCAGUCAGACUUCAACAGACUCAAUUUCAGACUUGAGUUUAUCACAACUGACAAUACAAGAGCCAGAACCUCUAAAUAUUCAACCGUUUUAUAACCUAACGCCACGUCCAUUGCCCCAGUCACCGCACUAUGUCAUCGAGGAAGAUUUCUCAUCAAACCCCUGGGCUUUAUUAGUAGCAACGAUUUUUUUGACAAAAACUUCGGGUAAAACAGCUAGGCCGUAUAUGAAAAAAUUCUACGAAGAAUAUCCGACUCCGUAUCACGUAUUAAAUGAUCCACCAGCUACAUUCGAGAAGUUUUUCGAAAAUCUCGGACUAAAGAAAAGAGGUCGCAUUAUUUGGAAAUUGAGUUAUCAGUUUGUUUCUGCUAAAUGGCGACGAGCGAGCGAUCUAUGUGGAAUCGGAAAGUACGGUGAAGAUGCUUAUAGGAUAUUUUGCUUAGGUCAUACGGAUAUAGACCCUGGGGACAGAUAUUUAAGGUUGUAUAUAGACUGGCUGAGAAGACAUACCGACUUUAUGGAAGACAAUAGCGUGACGGAUAGCGAACACGUAAUCGAAGAUCCGGUUUUGAACUAUUAUAGAAUUACUUUGCGAAAUUGUGUUUAGUGUAGUGUAAAUAACAUGGCCCUAGACUGAUUUUACAUAUGAUUGCAUUAUCUCAAAUAUUGUGUUUAUAUACAAAUAAUAAUAUUAGGUAUAUAUUGAAAAAGU